UAAUGUCAAAAACGUUAUUUUGAGGUUAUGUUUAUUGUUUGCCAAUUUAUUGCUAUUAUUUUUCAUGUGUGUAAAUUCAAUUAGACAAGCGAGUGCCUGCUAAAAUGAGCGACGCGGACAGUGACGAAGAACCAAUUAUACGCUACGGCACUCCACUGGACCCCAUAGAAGAAGAUGAAAUUCCAUCAAAACGCAAGUACCAGCAGCCAGCAGACCAGUAUGCUGUGGACGCGUACGGCAGACGGAGGUUCCACGGUGCUUUCACCGGAGGAUUCUCAGCCGGACACGGGAACACUGUGGGGACACCGGAGGGAUGGACGCCUUCCACUUUUAAGAGCUCUCGUGCGGAUAAGGCGCAGAUUUCUGCGCAGCGUCCCGAAGACUUCAUGGACGACGAAGACCGCGGAGAGCACGGUAUCGCGCCGCGUCACAUGGGCACACAGAGCGAGUUCUCCGGCCAGAAGCGGCGGCUGAGACGGUUCCACGACGGACCCAUACCUGGUGAACCGGUAUUAGAACAGCUCCUCAAAGCAGUCCACGAGACGGCAGCAGUUAAGAUGCUUCGCGCUAUGGGCUGGCGGCCGGGGCAGGGUACGGGCGACCGUCUUACUAAAGCGGAUAAGAAGAAAGCCAAGAAACAGCACAAAGUGUAUGGCUGCUACAUGCCGCCAGAGAUGAGACAGGAGAAUGAGGGCACAGCAGACGAAUCUGAAGACAGUACCGACUCAGAGUUCGAGUACGAAAUGCUCUUCGCGCCAGACGACUACGAGCCUUAUGUCCUGCAGCGUAAGAACGAUCGCUUCGGCCUUGGCUACUCGGGUCUUAGCAGACACUCAGUGCUUGGAAAUCUGGUGGGGGAGUAUGGUUCCGAUGCUGGCACGUCGAGAAGCCAUUUGGUUAUGAAGGAGAAAGGGAAAAAGGUCUCCAUCCGAGGGCAAGCAUUCGGCGUGGGCGCAUUCGAAGCGGACGACGAGGACAUUUACGCCACAGAAGAUAUGUCGCACUACGACUUCACGCUAGGGGGCACUGAGGACAAGAAGAAAGCUGUGAAGCAAGGAGGCGCUAACGUGUUAGAAGGGUUCGUGAAAGCCGUUAAGCCGUUGCCAGCCGUAGCGUCGUACCCAGCCCCGGCGCUGCCCCGCGGCUACGCCCCGGCCCCGCUAAAGACCCGCUUCGACCCGCCUGGCCCCGCUGUCAAGCAACGGGACCAAGGACUAGGCCGCCACGAGCUAUCAGCAGAGGCCAGAGGCGCCAUGCUAGGCGAAGCCCCCGUGCCGAAACUUCAAGAACUACCCACCCCUUCUACCCCCCAACCAGCUCAGUCUUCAGAGGAACUGAUCGCCAAAAUCGCCGGUCGCAAUGUCAACUUUAUCUCAACCACCGAAGCACCUAAAGAACUAGACUUCAUACCGAUAGCAGAUACGGGCAAAAGUGUAGCGAAGGUUUUCAGACCUUUCAUGAGCGACCCGAACAAGCAAGGGAGGUAUGAGAGAUAUUUGAAGGACAAGGAGGCCUUCGCGGCAGAAAGAGACGGAGAUACGGACGCGGUCAGCGAGUGGGAAAGGAAUAGAGAACUUGUGGAGUUUGAGCAAGCGGCGAAGUUGUAUAAACCGCUGACAGGCAUUAUGGGAGACAGAUUCACCCACGCCUCAGAGCCAGACGACAUUAACCCUUUAACCGCCGUAUCAAAGAGCUCAGCCAACUACGGGCUGGCCACAGCCGAGCAGAUAGACGCGGCGCGGCGCGCGCUAUACGGCGCGGUGACCAGGACGCAAGCGCAGUGGCGGCCUGACCCGCUAGUGUGCAAGCGGUUUAACAUACCAGACCCGGGAGGACCGAGGCUAGCCACAGCAGAGCAAGCGGUGUGCAAGCGGUUUAACAUACCAGACCCAGGAGGACCCAGACGCCCCAAGAGUUCAGCAAACUACGGGCUAGCCACAGCAGAGCAAGCGGUGUGCAAGCGGUUUAAUAUACCAGACCCGGGGGGGACCGAGAGUUCAUUCAACUACGGGCUAGCCAUAGCAGAGCAAGCGGUGUGCAAGCGGUUUAAUAUACCAGACCCGGGAGGACCGAGUUCAGCCAACUACGGGCUAGCCACAGCCGAGCAGAUAGACGCGGCGCGGCGCGGGCUAUACGGCGCGGUGACUAGAACGCAAGCGCUGUGGCGGCCUGACCCGCUAGUGUGCAAGCGGUUUAACAUACCGGACCCGGGGGGACCGAGACCCGAAUCAAAAACGGAGGACAAGCCGAAGAUUUCAUACUCUGUAUUCUCCUACCUGGAAUCAUCUGUACACGACAAGGACAGCUUCACAAAGGAACAAACUAAAUUCAGCGGCUCUAAAUCUCUUCUCAACACACCAAAACCUUUACCCAGUCAAAGCAAAACAGAUAACAUCAAAAUAAAUAACCCUGCACCAUCUACUAGUGAAGAAACCAUAAACAAAAGAAUAACAGUAGCAGAGUUAUUCUUAAAAGAAUCAGAGAAAGCUAUAGAAACCAAUAAGCCAACAGCUGUAACAGAAACAAUAGAGAAAUUCGAUAAAAUGGACUUGUAUAAAUCGAUAUUCUUAAGCGAUAGCGAAAAUGAAGAAGACAUGAAUGAGACACCAGUCGAAAUUAAUGCAGAAGACUUCAUAGACAGACCGAAGAAUGUGGAAAGAAAUUUAUCGCCGCCAAGAGGCAUAUUUGCAAAUAUAGAUUUCGACGAAUUGAACUCGUGGAGAAGAAAUACAAAAACCGAUAAACCGGAAAAUGUAAAUAAAGAAAGUUCAAAAGAAGAAACACCCAAAGAAAAGGCAGAAGAUAGUUCUGGCGACGUUUACGGGCCGAAGAUUCCAGAAAAUUUAUUGAAAAGACUAGACGGAGAAGUGGUUCAGAACGCAGAAGACAACUUUAGACCAAUAUUUAGAAAAAAGACUGAAAAAGAAGGUGAAAUUCAUGUAAUUGACUCUUCGUCCAGUGCAGACUCUUGGGUGGAUGCUAAAGAAAUUAAAUCUAAAAGGGUUAAGAAGAAAAAGAAGAAACAAAAGGUGAAGCAUAAAAAGUCUAAACAUAAGAAGAAAGAUAGAUAGGUUAAUAUGUUGUUAAAUAAAAGUGUUUGUUGAGUA